AUGGAAAACCAAUCCUGCAUCUCUGAAUUUUUCCUCCGAGGAAUAUCUGAGUCGCCAGAGCAACAGCAGUUACUCUUUGGAAUUUUCUUGUGUAUGUAUCUUGUCACCUUGACUGGGAAUGUGCUUAUCAUCCUAACUAUUGGCUCUGACCCACACCUCCAUACCCCCAUGUACUUUUUUUUAGCCAAUCUGUCUUUUGUUGACAUAGGUUUAACAUCCUCCACAGUUACCAAGAUGCUGGUGAAUGUACAGACUGGGCAUCAUACCAUCUCCUAUAUUGGUUGUCUCAUACAAAUGUAUUUCUUUCUGAUGUUUGGUGAUCUGGACAGCUUCUUCCUGGCUGUUAUGGCUUAUGACCGCUAUGUGGCCAUUUGCCAUCCCCUCUACUAUUCCACGGUCAUGAGCCCCCAAGUCUGUGCCUUGCUGCUUGUGUUGUGCUGGAUCCUCACCAACAUUGUUGCCCUGACUCACACCCUCCUCAUGACUCGGCUAUCUUUCUGUGUGGUUGGGGAAAUUGCUCACUUUUUCUGUGACAUCACUCCUGUCCUGAAGCUGUCAUGUUCUGACGCCCACAUCAAUGAGUUGAUGGUUUUUGCCUUAGGAGGUACAGUACUCAUCACCCCUUUUAUAUGCAUUGUCAUCUCCUAUGUUCACAUUGUAUCUGCUAUCCUGAAGGUCUGAAGCCCUGGUGGGAGGAGCAAGGCCUUUUCCACCUGCAGCUCCCAUCUCUGCGUUGUUUGUGUAUUCUAUGGGACCCUCUUCAGUGCCUACCUAUGCCCUCCCUCUGUUGCCUCUGAAGAGAAGGACAUUGCAGCAGCUGCAAUGUACACCAUAGUGACUCCUAUGUUAAACCCCUUUAUCUACAGCCUAAGAAACAAAGACAUGAAGGCAGCCUUAAAAAGACUCCUCAGUCACAGGAGAGUGUUUUCCUCUUAG